ACAAACAUGGCGAUGGACUCCAGUGGACGGGGGUUUACGUUAACUUUAUUCCUGUUUUCGUGUGUUUUUGCGUUGAGUCUGGCUGAGGCGGCGGAUUCAGACUCGAGGGGCGCCACGAGGAUACUCGGCAUGAGGCUGGAAAAGAGCGACAAGCCGGCCGAGACCACGGAGACAGGGGUAAUCCAGGUGACCGAGGGCAGCAACAUCCUCUUCAGGGUCUACGGGCUCCACUUGCUUCCUAACAGCUCGGAGCUCAUCAGGUUCGCUGAACUCUACGCCAGUGGCAAAGAAGAUGAUGCUUUAGGCUCGUUAAAUAGGACUUGUCCCGAACAUACCAAGGAUAUUGUAGUAAAGGGACCCAUGCAGGUAAGCAACGAAGACACCUCGGGGGUGGUCAGCCUCAGCAUCAAGCAGCUCCGCAAGAACGAGGUGGUGAAAGUGUUCGGCUUGUGCGUCCUGGACGCCCGGGAUCAGAAGUGGUACCUGCUGGACGAAAAAGACGGCAGGGUACGCGUGGUGGAGGUGAAGAAGUCCCUGCUGCCCAUUUGGCUGCAGAUCAUCCUCAUCUGCUUCCUGCUGGUGCUGUCCGGUAUGUUCAGCGGGCUCAACCUGGGGCUGAUGGCGCUGGACCCGAUGGAGCUGCGCAUCGUGCAGAACUGCGGCACGGAGAAGGAGAAGAAGUACGCGCGGAAGAUCGAGCCCAUUCGCAGGAAGGGCAACUACCUGUUGUGCUCACUGCUGCUCGGUAACGUCCUGGUCAACACUACGCUCACCAUCCUCCUGGACGACCUCACCAUGUCCGGGGUCGGAGCGGUGGUCGCCUCCACUAUCGGAAUCGUAAUAUUUGGCGAGAUUGUCCCCCAGGCUCUGUGCUCCCGACACGGAUUAGCAGUCGGGGCGAACACCAUCGUCCUCACCAAGCUGUUCAUGCUGCUGACUUUCCCUCUGUCCUGGCCCAUCAGCAAACUCCUCGACUGCGUGCUGGGCCAGGAGAUCGGCACCGUGUACAACCGAGAGAAGCUGGUGGAGAUGUUAAAGGUCACUGAGCCGUACAAUGACCUGGUAAAAGAGGAGCUCAACAUGAUCCAAGGCGCGCUGGAGCUCAGGACCAAAACAGUGGAGGAUGUCAUGACUCCACUCAACAACUGCUUUAUGAUUCACAGCGACGCUGUGUUAGACUUCAACACCAUGUCCGAGAUCAUGGAGAGCGGGUACACGAGGAUCCCCGUGUACGAUGACGAGCGCUCCAACAUUGUUGACAUCCUCUUCAUCAAGGAUCUGGCCUUCGUGGACCCUGACGACAGCACCACCUUGAAGACCAUCACCAAGUUCUACAACCAUCCGGUCCACUUCGUCUUCCACGACACCAAGCUGGACGCCAUGCUGGAGGAGUUCAAAAAAGGAAAAUCUCACCUGGCCAUUGUCCAGAAGGUGAACAACGAGGGGGAAGGAGAUCCUUUCUACGAGGUUCUGCGGUUGGUUACUCUGGAAGAUGUCAUCGAAGAGAUCAUCAAGUCAGAAAUCUGGAUGAAUCUGACCUUUUACACUGAUAACCGCACACGGAAAAAAGUGGCACACAACAAAAACAAGAGAGACUUCUCUGCCUAACAUGAGAGCGAAUCCAAGGUGAAGAUCUCCCCUCAGCUGCUGCUGGCCGCCCAUCGCUUCAUGGCUACAGAGGUGAACUUGUUCAGCCCGUCUCAGAUCUCAGACAAGGUGUUGCUGCGAAUCCUGCGCCAUCCCGAUGUGAUCCAGGAGAUCAAGUUCAACGAAAACGACAAACGAUCGUCCCAUCACUACAUCUACCAGAGGGGCAAGCCGGCCGACUACUUCAUCCUCGUCGUGCAGGGUCGAGUGGAGGUGGAGGCCGGCAAUGAGAACAUGAAGUUUGAGACGGGACCUUUCUCAUACUAUGGAGUCAUGGCGCUCAGUGCUCCCACACUGGAGUUUCGCUCACCGUCCCAUCUCAGCGGCUUGAACCGGACGGCCUCGAUGAGCGGAGCCGACCGGAUGGAGUCUCUCUCAGUCGGCGGCAGCAACAGUCAGCUCAACAACAGCCUCCCCGCGCAGCAGUACAUCCCAGACUUCUACGUCCGAGCCCUCACUGACCUGCAGUUUGUCAAGAUCACACGAGCUCAGUACCAGAACGGCUUGAUGGCGUCUCUACUGGACAGCACACCUCAGUCCCCCGAGAGCAGCCACAACACUCCCCGUGUGGAUCAGACACCUCCCGCCACCACCGGGAACACCACCAUCACCGACCUGGAAGCAGACUCCACCCCGACGGAGAACGGCCCGGACGAGACGACGCUUCUCCUCCUCAAUGAGCAGAACUCGCCGCACACAGGCAACCACCACAGCCAGAUGGAGCACAGCAUCUGAGCGCCCCCCGCUGGUACCGACCCUCCAUACUCCUGCAUUUGCCCACAUGCACUGCUGCACCCAGAUGUAUGCUGAGGAGGGGAGGAUUGUGUUUGUGUGUAUGUGUGAGUGGGAACACAAACGCACACGGAGGCUUAGC